AUGGAGGCUUCAAAUCAAGAUAAAAACUUGCAAGCAAUUAUUAAUGCAGCUGUGGCUGCUUCACUAGAAAAGGCCCUGGCUCGGGUGCUGCCCGUUGAAUCAAAAGAGCCUAAAAGUUCAGGAACCCCGCAUUCUGAUGAAGAUGCGGAGGAUUCAGACUCCUCAAAAAGGAACCCUUCCAAACCCAGUAAACGUUAUUGGAAAGGGAAUGGGCCUGAACCACUCAAACGCAAGGGGAAAGAACCGGCGAAACGCCCUAAACAGGCGGAUGUUAGAGAGAAACACUCCAUCCAGCCUACUCUGUCGGAAGAGGAAGAAGACUCUUUCGACUUACACCCCUUAGCCAUCCUAGAUGAAUGGCAAGCUGACCACUCCUCAGAAGAUGAGGAAGACUGCCCUGAGACCUUUUUUUUAAGGGAGCACCUCACCCUCAAUCUAUCCUGGGAGAACUCCCAACCGAAGAUACGAUACCCGGAUCGAAUCCAUCUGGAGACACUGA